AUGUCUGCCAAAAUACAAGAACGUCUGGCUUUCUUCCAGAGCAAUAUUAAUAGUAAUAACAACAAUACAACGGCUCCAUUUAAGAGUUCGGUAACAUCUGUUGGAAGUAUUAAGCAACAACAACAGCAAGCAUCUUCAUUGAGUGUACAGCCAAAGCCUAGAAGUCAAACAUUAUUUGUCAAGCCUACUAGCACUACUUUAAAUACUUCCUCUACUACUAAUACGAGUGCAACAAGCAAUUCUCUUAGUAAGAAUAAUAUUACUUCCAAUCCUACUAUUGUUGUAAAACCUCCAACCAAGACUGUAACAAUCUCCUCGACUCCUUCUGUUGUCACUACUAACAAUACUAGCACAAGGGUAAACACAGCAUUAUCAUCCACCAAUAAUUCAAAUAGUGAUUCAUCGACAAAACCAAUGAGUGCAACACCUUCCGAGAAGAAACCAUCUGGAAUUGCAGCAAAGUUAGCUCUCUUCAGCAAUGGUAAUAACAGUAAUAGUAGCAAUACCACACAACCAACAGUUUCUCCAAGAGCAUCACCAAGACUUUCCAUUCAUCUUUCCAGCUCACCAUUCUUGAAUGGAAGUUUGAAUAAUAAUACGACAGCAACAACAAGUAAUACUGCAUCUUCCAAUGCAGUACAGGCCUCUCCAAGAGCUUCACCAAGAUUGUCAAUUGCAUUAUCAUCUUCACCAUUUUUCAACAUGGAAAAGGAAAAUUCGACCAAUCCUUCACCAUCUACAACAUCUUCGACCACAACAACUCCACCAACCACAAGUUCUACCACUCCAAACACAACAACAACAACUACAUCGACAGCAAGUGGUAGCACCAGUACUAGUUCUUUGAAGGAUAGAAAGAAUUUAUUCGAGCAACAACCACCGACAACUCAACCACCUGUAUUUAAAACUAGAAGUGCAACUGUUAUGCCAUCUUCUAGACCUUCAACCACACCUUCCUUAGUCACUAGUGGAACAGGUAGUGGUGUUAAAACAUCACCAGUUAGUCCUACCACAACUGCUCCGAUCACUUCAUCCAAUGUGACUGCAGUUCCAAAUACCACCUCUUCAACAACCUCAACAACUCCGUCCACCUCUUCAAUAAGUACUCCUUCGACAACAGGAAAUAGUAUUAAGGAUAGGUUCUCAAUGUUUGAGAAGAAAACAGAGGAAAAGCCACCUGUUGUUGGUUCUGGAGCAAAGUGGACAAAACCAAAGACUCAAGAAACAUCGACUCCAACAACUAUUGGUGCAAAUAAGAGUGUUUCUCCUCAAACUAAACCAGUUGAAGAAAAGGUGACAAUUCCUCCUAAGGAAGAAAAUAAGACUGAACCAUCAGCUGAACCACCAAAAGUAGCAGUGCAAGAAACUACAGUUAAAACAAAGGCUCCUGAAACAAUUAAGGAAAAUCCAAAAGAUGAUAUUAAGCCAAAAUCUCCAACAUCUGAAUUGAAACCUGAGGUCACUAAACCAGUUACUUCUCCAAGAGCAACAGAAAAAGCUGUUGAACAAAAACCUGAGCCAAAGACUGUCUCAUCAACAACCGCUACUGCUUCAACUGAAAAGAAGGUAGAUGUCAAACCAACUGAACCAGUUUCAAAACCAACACCAGCUACUACAUCAGCUUCAGGAUCCACUUCUACAACAGGAGGUUCUCUUAAAUCAAGGUUUGCCAUGUUUGAAAAGAAGGAAGAACCACAACCGGUUGUUACUGCCACCAAACCAAAAGUUUCACUCUUCAAGAAGGAAACCGAAACUAGUGCUCCAACAACUGAACAAAAGGCUGAAGUUGCCAAACCUGUUGUUUCACCAACCACUGAAAAGAAGGUUGAAAUUAAGGUUGUACCAAAGCCAACAGAAGCUAAUGAAGAAAAGAAGGUUGAAGUGGAAGUUGAACCAAAGUCAACUGAAACAACAUCUGCUCCACCAACCACUGCUUCAACUGAAAAGAAGGUUGAGUUGAAACCAACUGAACCUGUUUCAAAACCUUCCACAACUCCAAGCACUGCCACAUCAGGAUCCGCUUCUACAACAGGAGGUCUUAAAUCCAAGUUUGCCAUGUUUGAAAAGAAGGAACCAGCAACUCCUACUCCAAAGAAGGAAGAACCAACAACUGGCUCAAAUUCUGUGAAAAACAAAUUUGCCAUGUUUGAAAAGAAGGAUGAACCAACUCCAGAACAACCAAAACCUAAAUCAGCAGCAGGAUCUGUUGCUGACAGAUUCAAACCUAAAGAAUCUAGUCCAGAGGUUAUUACAACUCCACCUCCUUCAGAAACUAAAUCCUCAAGCGUCCAAGACAGGCUAGUCAAGUUUAAGCAACCUACUGCUUCAGAAACAUCUCCAACCUCUGCUGAAGCAUCAGGUACUCCUAAACCAUUGACCAUUCAAGAAAAAUUGGCCAAACUGAAACAAAAUUCUGCUGGAACUCCACCACCAUUCGGUUUUAUGGGUGGUCCACCUCCAUCUUUUAAGAGUUCACCAAGCUCUGGUGGUGGUAAUGACACUCCUUUAAUUAAUGUCUUUUCACCAACACCUUCCACACCAAAGGAAAAUGUUCCAGAUGCAGCCUCUCAUGAGAGACAACACCAUGGUACCUUAUCUUCAGAUACUGCCCUUAAUAGAGUGAAAAAGGUACCUACCAACAGAAAGAAGACAGUCAUUAAACACAAUAUUGACAAGGUAGAAAGUACCAGAAAGAGUAUUGUUGCUCUCGAUGUCGAGGAAGAUGAAUAA